AUGCACCUCUGUGGGGGGGAAGGGCUGCUGACCGGGACGGACCCGGAGGGGCAGCAGCGGCAGCUGAAGAAGAAACAGGAGAACCGGGCAUCUGCCCAGCGCAGCCGGAGGAGGCACACGGACAAGGCGGACGCCCUGCACCAGCAGCACGAGUCCCUGGAGAAACACAACCAUGCUCUGCGGAAGGAGAUCCAGGGCCUGCGGGCGGAGCUGGCGUGGUGGGGUCGGACCCUGCACAUGCACGAGCGCCUGUGCCUGAUGGGCUGUGCCUCCUGCUCGGCUCCUCUGCCCCCUGGCUGCUGGGGCCAGGCCAGGCGGCCCCUCGGCCCCGAGCCUCACAGGCAGCAUGGCUGCCAGGAGCAACCAGGCCUGUUCCAGACCCCAGUCUCCUCUCCCCCGGCUCAGCAACUCUCUCCACACCCGCAGCCUCGUGGCUCCCCUGGCCUCCUGUCCCCUCUGCCCUGGCUGUCCCCGAGCCCCACCCAAUCUGCGUCGCCCUCUGGCUCCAGCGUAUUGGCACCUUCCUCCAAGCUCAAAGCCCCCCCGCCCCACUCAUCAGCCCAACCUGCCCCUCACCAGCCCCGUGGGCCCGAGCACCUCAGCAGGGGGAAGCUGGUGCCCUCCCCGCUCAGCCCCUCGGCUGCUCUGGGGCUGGCCUGCCUGCAGGACCUGGAGCACAAGCCUGCUUUCUCAGCAGCAGACCAGCCCGGGCUGGGUGUGGACCUCGGCCCCCACCCGCUCCAGGCCUUCCCCCUGCUCUCCUCUGCUCAAGUCCACUUCUGACCCGGCCCCUGGAGCUGGGCUGGCCCUUCCUCAGGCUCAGGAAGCGGCCUUGGCACAGAGUCUCCUCCACGGCCCCCAGAGGCUGCCCUUCCGGGCCGACCAGCUGGCCCAGGACUUCCCAGGAAAAGGAAGCCGGCAUCGUGUGCCCGUCGCCGACCAGGCCCUGUCACCACAGCUCUCUUAUCUCAACUCCAUGGUCAUCCUGCAAAGUCCAGAUGAUCACUUUUUCAGAGAAGCAGACAGAAGUUCAGAGAAGGCAACGACUUGUCCAAGGUCACACAGCCUUUCUUGGGGCCCAAAACGCCACUCUCUGCCCCUUCCUCUGCUGGUGGGAUCCUGGCCCGGGCACCGUAGGGGCUGAAGUCCCAGGAACUGCAGGCUGGUGUGAGGAUGUUUAAGUGCUGGGAGCAGGGAGGAGCUCUCCCUUCCACUUUAUGAUUCCCAGGGCCACAGAGCGCUGAGUCCCUGAAACCUUGUCCUAACGAGGGGGUCCAGAGUCCAAGCCUGGGCGGGGGAGAAGCCUGGCGGGAGCCUGGAGGGGACUCUUUCUUCCGCUAGCAGGGUUUUCAGUUUCAGAACUGAACCUGGGGGGAGGGGAGGUUGGGGAGAAGCCUGGAAGUCUCCCCUGGGGUUUCUGCAGGUGAGGUGCCUAUAGGCAUACGAAGACCUGGGGAAAUGCUGCAGGGUCAGCUUUCCAGGCUUUUCCCAAAUAGUUCCCUGCCUCCCUCCUGCCCCCAAGGCCACGUGGGGGCGGGGUGUGAUGUCCUGAGAGCCCUGCACAUUGUGCACAACAGGCUGGAGGAAAGAGUGAGGGAAGGGCCGGGUGCAGGGUUCUGUUGAAGCAAGUGCUGGACCCGAACCUGAACCCGGCAGUAGAGAGACCUGUCUUCUUCAGCACCACCCCAUCCUUGUGCCGCCCCAGGCCCCUCUGACAGUGGCCCUCAUUGUUCUUUGGUC